CCGUGAUUGAAUGACGGAGAGGACUUGAUGGGACGAAUGACCCAAUUCCGUUUCUAUAAAUUAUGUAACAAUUCAUGGUGUAACAAAUGUUAAAAUUGCAACAAAUCAGACGAGAGAUGUAGCAAAUGGUACAAGGAAACAACUUAGACGGGCAUUUGGACCAUGUAGUGAACUGUCUCUCUGUCUGUCUCUUAGGAACGAGUCAUAUGAUUGGAUUCAAUGAGAAACCGCUGGGAGAGUGUGAGAGGGAGAGGAAUUUUGCAGCGUGGCGGCGAUGAUGCUGUUUGUGCGGGCGCGGCCGGGGAAGAUGUUGCUGCUGCUGCUUUUGCCGCCGCCGGUAUUAUUUCUCCGGGUGAUCUAAAGGCUCAACCAGUCGUCCGUUCCUCCUGAUACCUUGUAGUAGCGACAGCGAUGGCGAUGGCAGAGCGAGGAGCCGAGAGCCUGGCGGUGGCAGCUUCAGCGACACGGGCAGCAGCAGCAGCAGCCGAGCCGCAGGAGCUGUCGCUGGAGCAGAUCCUCCGGCUGUACAACCAGCCGCUGAACGAGGAGCAGGCGUGGGCCGUGUGUUACCAGUGUUGCCGAGCUCUCCGCCGCUGCCGGAGCCCAAGCUGCAGCCUGGCCGCUGACGGGCACCCACCCUGGGGAAGGCUGUGCGGGGCUGGCGCCGUCCUCUUGCACCGGGACGGCAACAUCAGCAUCCGAGGCGACUCGGGUAAAGGAGAAUCCAUGGCAUGUACAGAAUUAGAGGUGAUCGAAUCGGUGGGGAUCCUUGUUUACAAAGCCUUGGACUGGGGUCUGAAAGACAAUGAGGAGCGGGAGCUCAGUCCACCGCUGGAGCACUUGAUAGACCGCAUGACAAAUAUCCUAGACGAGGGUGUGGGAGCCGAGGGGAGUCUGGAUGAGGGUUACGACGGUCAGGACGAAGAGGACGAGCAGAAAGAGAUCAUCACAAUAAAACGGAUCACCACAAUAAGGAACUUCAGGCACGUGAUGAUGCUGUGUGCUGCACAUCUAACAACGCCACCAGAAGCUCCGAAACAUUACCAGGCCGUGUGCCGGGCGCUGUUCGCCGAAGCCAUGGAGUUACAAACCUUCCUGGCCAAAAUUAAAGCUGCUAAAGAGAAUCUGAAGAGGAUGCAGGCACUGAACAAGGACGUGAGCUGCCAACCCAACAUGGAGCUGGAUGAGCUCAACAACUUUGACUGGGCAUGCUUCUGGGUGCAAGUGAUGAGGGAUUUGCGGAAUGGCGUGAAGCUGAAGAAGGUGCAGGAGAGACAGUACAACCCGCUGCCCAUUGAGUACCAGCUCACGCCCUACGAGAUGCUGAUGGACGACAUCCGAUCCAGAAGGUACACCCUGCGGAAAGUCAUGGUUAAUGGCAACGUUCCACCGAAAUUGAAGAAAAGUGCUCACGAAAUUAUCCUGGAUUUUAUCCGCUCUCGUCCUCCGUUAAACCCUGCAUCUGCCCGGAAACUGAAGCCAACCCCUCAUCGGCCCCAAAGCCUUCACGAAAGAAUAUUAGAAGAGAUCAAGUCCGAGCGGAAGCUACGGCCAGUGUCGCCUGAUGAGAUACGGCGGAGUCGACUCGUAAGGAGGCCAAUUAGCUUUUCUCACAGUUUUGACUGGUCAGACGUGUCGACCCCGGAGAGGAGCAGAAAGGACCUGUCCCCCCUUGUGGCCAACGGCGUGGUGAUGUAUCAGACUACUGAACACGAUCAUUGCGCUGUGCACGUUCAGAGGAAAAAGUUGCUGAAGGCACCAACACUGGCUGAGAUCGACAGCUCUGACUCCGAGCAGGAGGAUCGAAUUAAGAUGGUGAGAAGCAGUUCCAGCGGAUCAACGUUCAAGGUGGAAGAGAGCUCGCCUGAGACGCCGAAUGGCAAGAAAACUCCACCAAUGUUCCUGCCCAUCUCCUCCACUCCGCAGCCCGAGCGACGGAAAGCGCCGCAGAGGCGGCACUCCAUCGAGAAGGAGACGCCGACCAACGUGCGCCAGUUCCUUCCUCCCACCAGGCAGAGCUCCAAGUCUCUGGUGUCCAGGACAAGUGGUUUAUUGCCCCAGAGGAACCUCCAACCGCUUUUCCCAGCCAUGCAAGCCGUCUCCAUGCUUAACUCUCACCCCGUGGAAGCUGUGAUGUUUGGCAUCAUGGGGGCUGUGUGUUUACUCUGUGAGGGAGUCUUUAUCAACAGGUGGUGGAGAACAAAGGAGGAGUUUUGUUACCCAGUCGAGUGCCUGGCCCUGACUGUGGAGGAGGUGAUGCACAUCCGACAAGUCCUGGUGAAAGCAGAACUGGAGAAAUACCAGCAAUACAAAGAAGUUUACACGGCCCUGAAGAAGGGGAAGCUGUGUUUCUGCUGCCGGACAAAGAGGUUCUCCAUUUUCACCUGGUCGUACACCUGCCAAUUCUGCAAAAGACCGGUGUGUUCACAGUGUUGUAAGAAGAUGCGGUUGCCAUCCAAACCCUACAGCAACCUCCCCAUCUUUUCCCUGGGACCGUCGACCUUGCCGAAAGAGAGCAAAGUACCGAAAGCAGAGAAGGCUCCGAGCAGCCGACGUCGGCACGAGGGGCAGCACAAGGGUCUCGCCAGGUUCCCCUACGUAUCCAAACCCUCUGAGAAGUCGGCUGAUAACCUGGAGUUUCCCAAAGAGCUGAUGGAGGACUGGAGCACGAUGGAAGUUUGUGUUGACUGUAAGAAAUUUAUUUCGGAAAUCAUCAGCUCCAGCCGCCGGAGCCUGGUCUUGGCCAACAAGCGAGCCCGGUUAAAACGGAAAACACAGUCCUUUUAUAUGUCCCCCACCAGCACCCUGGAGUUCCGAUUGGCAACACCAAAGGAGCGAACUAUAAAAGAGGUUUAGACUUGUGCCUUUUUAAUUUCUCCCCUCUUCCUGAAGUUCUGUUUUGGACUGCCAUCGCCGAAAGAAAUAAUUGUACACAUAAAAUACAAGAAGGUGAAGUGAUCGUGCUAAAAUCCCACGUGUGUAACUUUCACCUGUUAACAAAAGGAUUGAUCUCUAUGGACAUAUCAUUGUGAAGGGGUCUUAUUGAAGAUGAAAUAAUGUAAGUUACCUGUAUAUAAUUGUAAUAUAUUUUAUUAAUAGUCGAUUUGGGCCCCACUGACAUUGUUGAUAACGUAUGAUAUUUAAUCUGUGCAGUGUCAUUCUGCAAUAUACUACAGAUGGACAUAGAUUAACGUGCAACAUCUUCUGAAUAAUCUUAUGCGAUUGUGUUUUUAAAGUAUGGUUCGUGUCUCUAGACUAGUGAGGAAGAUUGUUUUUGGAUCUGAUGGACACUGGGGGCUCACUUUUCUAUGAAUUGAAGAAGUCAUUUUAUGUUUAACGUGGACAAUGUCGGAAUUAUCACGUUGAUCACUGGUAAUGCUCCAAAUAAUUGUCAGUAUUUGUCAGACUGGCGGUGGACGCUUGCUAAAUGCCAGCUUACACAAGACAAGUUUUGCACUUAGAUGAAGUAUUUGCUUCAUGCCCUUUUAAAAAAAAAACAACUAAUUUUGAUUUUCUUCCUGACUGUAGCAUUGUGAGCAGUUACCAAUUCAGCUAAUCAGGCAUGAUGCAACAGACCCAUUACCGACCCAAGUAUUGCCUUUCCGCACUCUCUGUGGUUCCCAGCCUGAGCACUUAAGGAAUAGGUUGCCACAAUCUCCUUACUCUUUCAUUCCUUCCUCCUACCGCUCACCCUGUUUCCCCUCCGCUCCCCAACUUGUGCGCCUGGAUGUGUUGCAAUAUAUAGUUUCUAAAUUAUAUUAUAGAGCUGAUGUGAACAAGAUUGCCAUUCAGUUCACUUGACCCAUCGAGACUCCUGUAUGUAGACACGAGGAACUGCAGAUGCUGGUUUAUUGCUGGCUCCUGUGGCUCCUGUUUGUUCCUUGUAAAUGCAUUGACUGUUCAAGUGUUCAUUAAAAAAAACACUGCAAUCUUUAUUGAGCCUAUUGUCUGUCAUUUAGCAGUUCACAAGUUAUAGGAGCAGAAUUAGGCCAUUCGGCCCAUCAGCUCUACUCAUGAACGAUCUAUCUUUCCAUCUCAACCCCAUUCUCCUGCCUUUGUGGUGAAGGGAUUCGCACUGUGUCUGCGGGCCUGCGUACAACUUUUCCAACCUGGGUGUAAGGAGUGGUCAGCCUCCAGGUACACGUGAACAUGUGACAAAUGCUGGAGUUUAUUAAAGCCUAGUUGAUGUUCGAAGUGCAAGCUAAUCAUGGUUUCCUUAUUAAAAAUCUCCUAUUGGUAUUGGUUUAUUUAUUAUUGACAUGUGCACUGAGAAACCGCGCUAAACUUUUCGUUGCGUGCUGUCCUGGGAAAACAUCAAAGCCAAAUUACAACUGGUGUUUUUAUGUGUUUGAUUGAUUGCUUCACUUUCAACGGCAUUGUUAGUCCCAGGAGUCAAUAACUGUCUGCUCGGCAUCUUAUCAUGCAUUAUGAAAUAUCUUUACAAAUUAAACACUUGUUCACUUAUUACAUUGGAAUUACUUAAUUUGUUUUAAACUCUCUCCAGUUUUAUCUUCUCAUCAUUUCAGCUUAUAU